UUUGACAUUUUUGCUGUCAUUGCAUAAGCUUCUGACUCUGGUCACAGUCUUACAGCAAGCAGCCUAAAACCCUAUUUGCAUCAAAAUCUGACAGAAAUAAAUUAUUGAGAACAUUGACUUGGUUGUCGGGAAAAGAAGGAAUUGACGGAUGGAUAUUCUACUUGGCAUGGGGAAAAUAUUCCUACAGUUUUUCUGGAUUAUAAUGGAGGACUUUAUGAAUGUUAUUUCCACGGCAUGGAGGGAUUUGCCAGGCCUGAGGCAGCUCUUUCCAAAUCCAAAGAAGGAGCCAAUAUACUACAGCAGGAAAAAGGGGCGAGAGAGUGUAGCAUCUCUGUUUAUGACUGUGGAAGAAACCCCUGAACCCAUUCCAGUGAAAGUCAAAGGGGAAAUUCCGAAAUGGUUAAGAGGAAAGCUGCUGAGAAAUGGGCCUGGAAAAUUUGAAUUUGGAAAUGACAUGUACAAUCAUUGGUUUGAUGGUAUGGCAUUGAUGCAUCAGUUCAGAAUUGAAGAUGGCAAUGUAACCUACAUGAGCAAGUUUCUUCGCAGUGAAACCUAUCAGACCAACAGUGCAAACAACCGAAUCAUGGUUUCUGAGUUUGGAACUUUAGCAAUGCCCGACCCUUGCAAAAACAUUUUUGCAAGAUUCAUGAGUAAAUUUGAAAUGCCAAAAGCAAGUGAUAAUGGCAACGUGAACUUUGCACGCUACAAAGGAGAUUACUAUGCAACCACUGAAACUAAUUUUAUUCAUAAAGUGGAUGUCAAUACCCUUGACACCAUAGAAAAGGUAGAUUGGACCAAAUUUGUUGCAGUCAAUGGAGCAACAGCCCAUCCUCAUUACGAUCCUGAUGGGACAACCUACAAUAUGGGCAAUUCAUAUGGAAAAAAUGGCAUGGCCUAUAACAUCAUUGCAGUUCCUCAGCAGAAGUCAGAUGAUGAGGAGACACUCGAAGACGCCAGAGUUGUUUGUCAAAUAACACCAGUCGACAACAUGAAGCCUUCUUACUACCACAGCUUUGGAAUAUCUGAGAACUAUGUUGUCUUUGUCGAACAACCUCUGAAAAUAAAUGUAUUGAAAAUUCUUACAUCCAAGUUCAGGGGUGAAAGUUUAAGCUGUGCAUUUAACUGGGAGCCAGAACUCAACACUGUCAUCCAUGUAGCUAAUAAACACUCAGGAGAGAUUGUUCCCUUCAAGUAUUACAGCAAAGCCUUCAGUACAUUCCAUCAUAUUAAUGCAUUUGAAGAUGAUGGCUUUAUUGUUCUUGAUCUCUGCGGCCUUGAUAAUGGCGAUAUUAUGAAUAAAAUCAACCUGCAAAAUUUACGUCAGUCUGGAGAAGCAUUGGAUGAGGUCUACAAUACUUUACCAAAAAGCUUACCACGCAGAUUUGUCUUGCCUUUGAAUAUCAACUCCAACACACCUAUAAAUCAGAACCUCAACACUUUGACAUACAGCAAUGCAGUUGUAUUCAGAACGGCUGACGGAAAGAUUUGGUGUGAGUUUGAGGACCUCCAUGAUGACGAUUUAUUGGAUGAAGGUGGAUUGGAAUUUCCGCAAAUUAACUACGCAAAGUAUAACAUGAAGAAAUACAAAUUUUUGUAUGGAUGUGGAAUAAACAAUAUCAUGGUAGAUUCUCUUAUAAAGAUGGAUGUGGAAACAAAACAAUUUAAGAUAUGGAAAGAAAAAGGGUACUAUCCCUCAGAGCCAGUCUUUGUGCCAUCUCCCGACAGUGCCAAUGAGGAUGAUGGAAUUAUCUUAUCUGUAGUUGUUUCGCCAAAUCAGAACAAGAGCAGCUUGCUGCUUAUCCUUGAUGCCAGGACCUUCACUGAAAUAGGAAGAGCAGAAGUAGCUGUCCGUAUACCAUCUGGAUUUCAUGGUGUUUUUGCAGCAAAGUAGACCUUACUUCCACAAGUUGUACAACUGGGUCCCAGCACCUCAGAAACUCCAAAAACAUUUAAAUGCAUGCUUUUGUUAUAAAAUGAUUUUAACAUUGAAUAAACACUAAUGAUUUAAUUCACUAAUUUAGUGCAAUAGAUCUCACUUAGUAACAACCCAGUAAGCUCAACGUUAUGCUAAAUAGCCAAAGCAUUAUAGCUUUCUGUAAAUUAAGGCCUUAAAAUCACAUUUAAUGUCCAGUUUUAACUAUUUUUGACUUCCUAUUGCUGAUGCACGGGUGUGAUGUUUAAAAAAAAUGUUUGCUGUUAGAACGCUGCUUUACAAAAGAGGCAAAAAAAAAUCUUUCUCAGAAGACUGAUAAAAUCAUCAGUUACUCUCAAUAGCCAAUCUCUGUAAUAGAGAAUAGGUUACGCAUGAGCAUGGCCCAUCAGUGAGUCAAUCUAUGGAAUGCACCUCCUAGAUAAAUGGUGGAAGGUCUCAGUACUAAUUUUAUCAGAACUAAAUUAAGCUGAUUUCCUUCACAAGUAAUAUUUUGCAUUCCAUUCUGUGAGAUGGGGUAUGUGGUAAAUGUAACAUUCUUGGCAUAAACAGAUGGCUUUGGAGCAAUGUUUCUGAAGCUUACAACCACUCGGACAUUUCUUGUCUCAUUUCACGGUCUGUUUUAGACUAAUUGGUAGCGAUUGAUUAUGUGGUCAGUCAUAAUAUCAUUCAUAAAAUCAGAAUGGAAGAGGCCCUUCGGCCCAUUGAAUCUGUAUCACCAAAAAUACACUACUGUUUAUACCAGUCCCACUUUUCUGCCUUAGUCCUAUAGUUUUGAAUGUAAUGACACUAAGUGUUCAUCCACUAAUUUUUUAAUGUUAUGAGGUUUCCCACCUCAACUACCCUCCCAUGCAGUACAUUCCUGACCCCGCCACCUACUGGGUGAAAAACACUUUCCUCAAAUCCCAUGUAAACCUCCUAUUCUAUUCAUUUUAAAAUCAUGAUGGAAAAGGGUAGACCAGAUCUAAAAGUUGAAGUUCUAAAUUGGAGAAAGGCCAAUUUUCACGGUAUUAGGCAAGAACUUUUGAAAGCUGAUUGGAGGCAGAUGUUCGCAGGUAAAGGGACAGCUGGAAAAUGGGAAGCUUCAGAAAUGAGAUAACAAGAUACCAGAGAAAGUAUAUUCCUGUCAGGGUGAAAGGGAAGGCUGGUAGGUAUAGGGAAUGCUGGAUGACUAAAGAAAUUGAGGGUUUGGUUAAGAAAAAGAAGGAAGCAUAUGUCAGGUAUAGACAGGAGAAAUCGAGGGAAUCCUUAGAAGAGUAUAAAGGAAGUAGGAGUAUACUUAAGAGGGAAAUCAUGAGGGCAAAACGGGGACGUGAGAUAGUUUUGGCAAAUAGAAUUAAGGAUAAUCCAAAGUGUUUUUACAAAUAUAUUAAGGACAGAAGGGUAACUAGGGAGAGAAUAGGGCCCCUCAAAGAUCAGCAAGGGUGGUGGUGGAGGGUUGUUUUUCAGACUGGAGGCCUGUGACCAGUGGAGUGCCACAAGGAUCGGUGCUGGGUCCUCUACUUUUUGUCAUUUACAUAAAUGAUUUGGAUGCAAGCAUAAGAGGUACAGUUAGUAAGUUUGCAGAUGGAGGUGUAGUGGACAGCGAAGAGGGUUACCUCAGAUUACAACAGGAUCUGGACCAGGUGGGCCAAUGGCCACUGAGAAGUGGCAGAUGGAGUUUAAUUCAGAUAAAUGCUAGGUGCUGCAUUUUAGGAGAGCAAAUCUUAGCAGGACUUAUACACUUAAUGGUAAGUUCCUAAGGAGUGUUGCUGAACAAAGAGAUCUUGGAGUGCAGGUUCAUAGCUCCUUGAAAGUGGAAUCGCAGGUAGAUGGGAUAGUGAAGAAGGCAUUUGGUAUGCUCUCCUUUAUUGGUCAGAGUAUUGAGUACAGGAGUUGGGAGGUCAUGUUGCGGCUGUACAGGACAUUGGUUAGGCCACUGUUGGAAUAUGUGUGCAAUUCUGGUCUCCUUCCUAUCAGAAAGAUGUUGUGAAACUUGAAAGGGUUCAGAAAAGAUUUACAAGGAUGUUGCCAGGGUUGGAGGAUUUGAGCUACAGGGAGAGGCUGAACAGGUUGGGGCUGUUUUCCCUGGAGUGUCGGAGGCUGAGGGGUGACCUUACAGAGGUUUACAAAAUUAUGAGGGGCAUGGAUAGGGUGAAUUGACAAAGUCUUUUCCCUGGGUGAGGGAGUCCAGAAUUAGAGAGCAUAAGUUUAGGGUGAGAGGGGAAAGAUAUAAAAGAGACCUAAGUGGCAACUUUUUCACACAGAGGGUGGUACAUGUAUGGAAUGAGCUGCCAGAGGAUGUGGUGGAGGCUGGUACAAUUGCAACAUAUUUGGAUGGGUAUAUGAAUAGGAAGGGUUUGGAGGGAUACGGGCCGGGUGCUGGCAUGUGGGACUAGAUUGGGUUGGGAUGUCUGGUCGGCAUGGACAGGUUGGACCGAAGGGUCUGUUUCCAAGCUGUACAUCUCUAUAACUCUAUGACUCUACUUUUCAUUUUAUAAAGGUGGCCCCUUGUUCUUGAUUCCUCGACUAAGGGGAACAGUUGUUUUCUAUUCAUCCUGUCUCUGUCAGUCAUUAUCUUAUACACCUCUCUCUUCUAUGCUCCAAAGAAAACAAUCUGACUGUAUAAAGCCUCUUUCCACUACUGAAAUGCUCUAACCCAGGCAACAUCCUGGUGAAUCUCCUCUGCACUCUCCCCAGUACAAUCGCAUCCUUCCUAUAGUGUGGUGACCAGAACUGCACACAGUACUCCAGUUAUGGCCUAACCAAUGUCCUGUACAACUCCAACAUGACCUCCCUGCUCUUAGAAUCUGUGCCUUGACUGAUAAAAACAAGUGCCCCAUUUGCCUUCUUCAGUACCCUAAUAGCCUGUGCAGCCACAUUUAAGGGUCUGUGAAUGAAGACUCUAACAUCCUUCUGCUCCUCUGAGCUUCCUCGUCAACGAAUCAGUCAGUGGUAAAUCAUGUGACUGCGGCAGAGGGUAGAAGAUGAUCAAGAUGGACUUGGCCUCUUUUCAUCCAGGAACCCUUCUCUUAUAAUGAUAGAAAAGAAAAACUGAUAAAAAGAGCCUAUUUCUAUUGCUUGGGAAGACUAGGAAUGUGGAGAAUAGACUAAUAAUUAAAGCAAGUUGAAUGAUGAGUAAACUUGAACGUUCUAUAUCGCUAAGAGUGAUAAAGGAUUAGAAUUUUUUCUGUAAGUAGUAGUUGAUGGUAGGUCUGUUGUUAAUUUUAAAAUCUGAGCUUGUUCAGCUUUUGCUAACAUUCUUAGGGUGAAUCGGGAACGAUAGUUAUAUGGAGCUAGAUUGCAGAUUAGCCAUGGUUUAAUUGAAUGGUGUAACAUGGCUUCCUUUUGUUUCUGCAUUUCAGAAAUUCCCCCCUAGCUAGCUCAGUUUAUAACUGCACAUCCCAGUAUUGAACUGAACCAGACAGAAACAUUUCCAUUAUUCUGUUUGUCAAAUCUGUUGAUCUAAACAGCAAGAGGAACUAUACCAUAAAGUAAAAGAGAAAAAUUUCUGGAUGUUUGUAAACCUAAUCAUUUUCUUGUGACAUCUGAUGAAAAUUUGAAUAUGGAUGCAAUUCAGGGAGUCAGAAGAAAUGCAUUUUUUAUCUAACUCAUGAUGUACUUGAACUGUUUGUAUUUGGAACUGACAUCAGUAAACAUUCAUUUUCCAGAGUUAAUGCACUUUGCAUACACAAAAUUUAAAAAUUCCAAUGUGCCAAAGCUUUAAUAUAUUCAUUAAAAAUGUUUGUGAAGAAACAAAUGAAUUUUUACAGAACUGUAAUUUCUUUUCAAAUA